AUCUCCACAGCCUACCCCGCGAUGCACGUCCUGGGUCUUGACCCAUCACUCUAUCCCGCCAAGCCCGCUCACUUUGACCUCGAGCAAGUCAUCCGCCCGAACAUUCUCGCAUUACACCCAUACCGUUGUGCGCGAGACGACUACUCACAAGGCAUCCUACUAGAUGCGAACGAAAAUGCCCUCGGCCACUCUAUCCCUUGUCACUCGCAGACCCAAGACGCUUCAGCCGCGCUUGGAAAGGAGCUCGAACCCACACUCAAGCUCGACCUCCACCGCUACCCGUCACCAACGCACGACCCAAUCAAGUCGCGCAUAGCAGACUUGCGCAAGCUACCCGGGAUCGAAUACGUCUUCCUGGGCGUGGGCUCAGAUGAGGUCAUCGACCUGCUCAUGCGCGUGUGCGUCGCGCCCGGGCGGGAGAAGGUCAUGACCACCCCGCCGACAUACGGCAUGUACUCCGUGUGUGCUCAUGUAAACGACGUCGGUAUCGUACAAGUCCCACUGGAGCUGAGCGGAAUCAACGGCGAGGGCGGAGAGACGGGCCGGUUUUCCCUGAAGAUACCCGAGAUCAAGAAAAAGAUAGAUGCUGACCCCUCCAUCAAGCUAAUCUUCCUCUGCUCGCCGGGAAACCCCUCGGGCACGCUGAUUUCCCUGUCGGCGAUCCGGUCGCUGCUCGAGUAUGAGAAGUUCAAGGGCAUCGUCGUCGUCGACGAAGCCUACAUCGACUUUGCGAGCGAUGACGCGAGCGCCGCGUCGCUCGUCACGGAAUAUGGCAACAUCUGUGUCGUGCAGACACUCAGCAAAGGUUUCGGCCUUGCCGCCAUCCGGCUCGGCAUCGCCAUGGCCCACCCGGCCCUGAUCCAGGUCCUCACGAACACGAAGGCACCGUACAACAUCUCAACGCCGACGGCCUCGCUCGCGCUCGCGGCGCUCUCACCCGAGGCCGUCGCCGCGGUGCGCAAGAAGGUCGCGACGCUCAUCGAGAGCCGCGCGUGGCUCCUCCGGGCCCUGGCGUCGCUGCCGCCCGGCAACCUCGGCCCCGCGAUCGGCGGGAACGACGCCAACUUUGUGCUCGUGCCCGUGCUCGAGAAGGGCGGGAGCGGCAGGCCCGACAGCGUGCGCGCCCAGCGGAUCGCGAAGACUCUCGCCGAGGAGGAGGGCGUCGUCUUGCGCUUCCGUGGACAUGAGCCCGGCUGCGAGGGCUGCCUGCGCAUCACCGUCGGCUCGUCGGAGGAAAACGAGACGGUCGUGGCGAAGCUAAGAGAGGUUUUCCAGAGAACAUAGGCCGGAUUAUUUCCAUAGAACACGACUAGAAAAAUUAGACGAUGCUUAGGUCAGCCAUCUCGGACGGAAUGCAAGAUAAGGCUUCACGAAGUUCGACAAGUGUCUUGCAGCUCCCGACGUAACACUCCGCCAAUCUUGAUUUUCGCGCCUAUCAUGAGUAGACUUCACAGAGAAGGCGCAAGGUUUGGUUGGCGUCGGAUGCGAUGGUCACAGAGCGUCCAGCGGUCUCUGCGCGGUCGUAUCGCAUGAGACUGCUCUAGAGAACUGAAGCGUAUUGUCAUAGCAAGAGCGACCCUACCACUCGGAAUUCUCAGUGUUUCAAAGCAUUCUUCUGACAACGGCAAAAGUAUACCGCCUCCUGAGUCGUGAACGUUCUCCGACAGACUUCCGCUCCUUCUCGGCUAACUCUCGAACAAUAAGCACGGCCCAACGUUAGAAGACCUUCGGUUGUUCCUUACUCGCUCCCGCCACUAUACGUCACCAGACAACCUCAGGGUUGAUCGUAUGUAUCCUCAUACGACUCAACUCUGGUAGAAUGCGAACCUA